AUGCCUAUUGCAAUGACUUUCGAUUUAUUAUCAAAUAAUAAUCAACAAGAUCUAUGUGAACAUAAAAAUAAAUUUGAAAAAAAUAUGGAAAUUAAAUUAACUAAAUCACCAUUAUCAAAUGGUACAAAUCGACAAUUAACAUCUAUACUUCGAACACCACCACCAGUCAAGCCACGUUCACGUUCAACAAUAAAUCGUGUAACACGUAAAAUUAAUUUAGAACAAUUAAGUCGUUAUUCAACAACACGUCAAUGUACUUUACCUGAUGUUGAAGAUGAAAAAUGGUUAGCAAUAGCUUCAUCAAAUGAAUACAUAUUAGUUGGUGGUGGAAGUUCAAGUUCAUUACGACUUUUCGAUAUACAAGGCAAUGAAAAACGUGUAAUCGAUAUAAAAACAUUUGCUGCAUUUGAUUUAGCAUGGUCAAGUACAUUAAAUGCUUUUUUAAUUGCUGGUUAUGAUCGUUUACAAAUGUACAAUGUAGAAAAAGAUGAAUUAACAUCAAUAGAUAAUAUUAAUGUAGCCAAUAAAAAAGAUAAUUAUUUUUGGUCAAUUACUUGUCAUAAAGAUCAUUGUUUGAUUAAAUUAGCUCUAUAUAUUCUUUUCUUGUAUUUAAGUAAUGAACUAUUUGUUGUUUUAUCCGAUGGUCUUGAAUCUAUAUGGCGUUUAUCAUUACCAAAUUUUGAACGUAUUCAAACAUUAUCUGGUAGUGAAAUACGUGAAACGAAUGUAGAUGAUCGAAUAUCAUGUAUACGUACAAAUGGUUAUUCAAUUGGUAUGACAUUACGACAACGUAAAACAUAUCAAUGGCGUGUAGAUUUAUUUGAUUAUACUACAAUGACACGUACUCAUCGUGGUUUAACAAUUGGUUGUGGUAUUGGUGCAUUUAAUUUUAUGGAACGUUGUAUGUUAGCAGCUAUUGAUGAUCAUCAAUGGUUAAUUAUAGGUGGAUAUAAAGUUACACCAAAUGCCUUAACAUUAAUGGAUGAUCGAACCGGUGAAGUAAAACAAGUUGAACGACAUAAUAAUGAUCGACAAGAUGAAUUUAUAUCAAAUAUUUGUACUAGUGAAAAUAGUAAACAACAACAGAUACUAACUAUGAUUGUUAUGAAUAAUGCAACUGGUGAACAUCAGAUGCAUGUUGUAGAACAAUAA